AUGCGUUUCGUAUUAACAAGCAGCAAUCAAGCGGCCUUGAAUCGUACGUUUGGCAAGGAGUUUGUUGUCAAUGGAAGUAUGUGGAACGAGGAGGCCAUCAAAAAGGCAUUGCGUCCACCCCCUUACGAGGAAGAACGCGGCUGGGAUGUCUAUUCUGCCCUCAAAGCUCAAACUGAGCGUGAGAUGUGGACGUUCAGCAAAGAGGAGAAUCCAAAGUUCGUGGUGAACUCGGUCUUGCCGUCUUGUACGAUCGGAGCGAUCUUCCACCAAAAACAGGCAGGCAGCACAGCCAAAUGGGUACUGGACACUUUCAGAGACCCAGCAAACCACGCUUUCCUGAAAGAAUUCGGUGCCUCGCACUUCUGCGACGUCGAAAAUGUGGCGCUCUUAAACAUUGGUGCCCUAACGCAAGAGGAUGUGAAGAAUCAGCGAUUGUUUGGAUUUGCGGGAGCCAUCAACUUCAAUAGCUGGCUCAAUGUGUUUCGCAAACUAGACGCUAGCAAGCCGUGGCCCGAGAAUGACCCUGCCCAGCCGCAUGACUUGAGCAAGAUUGAUGGGAAGACGGAGCUGAACCUGCUGAAGCGUUUCGGGAGGGCUGGCUGGACAGAUUUUGAUGAAAGCGUGCGGAAGGUCUGCCUAGAAAGUCGAUGA